AAUUUCAGCGGUCACACACAGGCAUUUGUUGUGUGUGUCACAGGGCGCUGCUGCCUAGUGGAUAUCAUUUGACAAUUCAACAUUAUUUACGUAAACCGGCUGUAAAAUGUCGUUUUCAAGAGCCCCGGUGAAAAGGUUCAACGAGAACGUGGGUUGUGCCCCUGCGCCGGGGUCCUAUGAGAUUAAACCCGGGGACCUAAAGGGAGUAGCGUCCUUUGAGAAGUCUGAUCGAUUCAGAGCUCUAAAGGCUGCUGCCGGGGCUCCCCUACCACCUCCAUCUCCUUCCAGAAAUUUCCUGGUGUCACCUGUCCGCAGAACUAUGUCAGUGGAUGCUCUUGUCGAAGGGUCAAGUGUGAAGAAAGAUAAGAAUGGCAUGACCAUGGAAAGGAAACAGCAGAAACUCUUGGAGAAAGAGAUUAGGUCCCUGGUCCAGCAGCGAGGGGAUCAGGAUCGUAGAUUGCUUGCCCUGGAGGAAGACCUGAAGAGGGUGGAGGCCAAGCUGUUGGCCACAGUCAGAGAGAAGACGGGCCUCUCUGCCAGUGUUACCACUCUUGAAAGACAGCGGGCUGAGCUCAAGAGAGUCAAUGAGUUUCUUAAAAACAAGGUUUCUGCUGACACCACAAAAAAGAGAAUCAAUUCACUAACGAUGGAGCUGAUGGAGGCCAGGAACACUUUGGAUGUUAAAAGUCGGGAGUUAAGUGUCCUGCAGGUUAACACUGCGGGCCACCUGAAGGUGCUAGAAACAGACCUUCAAGCUGCCACAGCUACUGCCACUGCUCUAAAAGACAGAAACAAAGACUUGGAGGAACUCCAUCAAGUGACAAAAAUCCAGAAUGAAGAGCUUGAGAAUGACAACACUAAGUUACAUGCUGUGAUUCGAGAGCUGAGGGAGGAGAUCAGAGUCUUGCAAGAAUACCUGGAUACAGCCAAUGACCAGAUCCAGGUUAAAAAGAGUGGACAUUUUUCUUUUGCUGUCUGUCUGUCUGUCUUUUUUUUUUUUUUUUUGGAGGGUGUGCUUUAUCUAUUUUGUUUGCAGGAUCUUCGCUUGAUGCUUCAAGAAAAGACACAAGAGAACUCAAUCACUGUUUCUCAGCUGGAGAAACUAAAGCAGCUGGAAACCAAACUGGAGCAACACAACACUGAGUUUGAAACCACUCAAGAUAUGCUGAGGCAUAAAGAGGAUGAGGCACUAAAAUUGCAGCUAGAGCUACAGGUGUCUAAGGAUGCAUUAUGGGAAGUGGAAAAGAGGCUGGAAAACCAAGAGCAGACACUGAAGUCUGCACAAAAGUCAGUGAGUGACAUGGAGGAGCAGAUGAAGUUAGCAAACCAAGAAGUGCACAACUCUCAAGCAACAGUUCGACUGCAGGAGGCAGAGCUUGCAAGACUGAGGGAGGUGCUCAGGCGGACAGAAAAGGAGCUGGAUGAGAGGGUUGCACAUCUUGAACAGCGAUGUCUUUACUCUGAGGAGGAGAGGAGCAAGACUCAGGAGGAGGGGCUGAGGAGAGUGCAGGAAUUAAAGACAGAACUCAACCUGCUAAAGGAAUUUAAACGAGAUGAGGAGAAGAGAAAAAUCCAGCUCCAGCUAGAACAUGCAACUCUUAAUGAGGAACUGACAAGAGAAAAGGCACUUGUGGACUCUCUGUCUGUCCUGGUGGAGCAGGAGAGGGAAGACACAGAGGAACAGCUAAAACAGCUAAAGGAGGAGAUGGAGGAGGUGCUGGGUGAACUUGCUCUUAUGGAGGAGCAGGAACAGAGGAGUCAAGAGACGCAAGAGAAAAAUCGGCAGCUGCAGGACGAAAACGAUAAGCUGGAGAGACAGCUGAGUGAUGCCAGGGCGCAGCUGGAAAGUAAAGGCCAAGAUCUGGCAGCUUUGAAAAAGGAGCAUUUAUCAGCCACAAGACAACUCCAAGAUGCACGCAAAAACUCCCUGAGCAAGAUUGGAGACAUUGUCACAGAGAUGGAAAGUACCAAAGAGGCUCUAAAGGGAGCAGAGGAGAGACAGAAAGAACUGGAAGAGGAGGUGGAGAGGGUUACCCAGCAGAUGAAGGAGGAGAUGGACAAAGUGGUUAAACAGAAAGAAGAGGAGAUCAAGAGAGUGAAGGAGGGGUUGGAGGAGAGCCAGGAGAGACAGUUAGCUGAAGUGAAAGCCAGGGAAGAGAGUGCAAAAAUGUUGCUGGAGGUGCAGACUCGUCUUGCACGGAAAGACGAAGAGAUGAAGGCCAUGGAGGUGAACCAUGCCGACCAGAUCAGUCAUUUACAGCAAGAGCUACAGCUGCAGACAAAGGAGAGGGAAGCAGCUCUGGGGCUAUUAGAGGAACAGAGAGGUCAAAGUCUUACUUGGCUCCAAAAUGAGAAGGAAAAAGCACAGAAGCUAGUGGAGGAGGUCGGCUUUGCAAAAAAGGAAAUGAUGGAACAGCUCAAUCAAGAAAGAGAAGAGAAAGUCAAAAUUCAGACAGCUCUUGAGGAGAACAGGGGAGCAUUGGAGGUUGAAAGGAAAGACCAUGAGCAGGUCAAGUCACAAGUGCUCAGACUGCAGGCUGAGCUUGAGAGGGUGGGGGAGGAACAAAAGAGUCUUCUGUCUCAAUUACAACUCAAAGACCAGUCCAGGCUCCUUCUUGAAGAUAAGCUAAAUGUGGCAGAACAGGAUAGAAGUCUGCUUCAAUCUCGUCUAGAUGAGGUUGUACAAGAGUCUAUUAGCUUCAAGGCCCAAUUAGACACCAUGGAGGUCCUGCAGCAUGAGCUGGAAGAACGGCAACAAGAUGGACGGGCUCUGCAAGAGCAGGUGGAAGUGCUGUCACAGGAGAAGGUUACACUGCAGUGGGAGAUGGAAGAGCAGCGACAGGAACUCCAAAGACAGAUAACUGAAGCACAAGAAAAGAGCAUCCCAAGUUCAGAGACAGAACACUGGAGGAAACAAUAUGAGGAGCUGUUUGCUAAAGUCAGGCCCUUCCAGGAACAGCUCAACGCAUUUGCAGCAGAGAGAAAUGCACUGCUCAAUGAAAAUGGGGUAAAUCAAGAGGAGUUAAACAAACUGGCUGACGCUUAUGCUCGUCUGCUGGGCCACCAGAACCAGAAGCAAAAGAUUAAACACGUAAUAAAGCUGAAAGAUGAGAACGUCUCCCUCAAACAGGAGGUGUCUAAGCUGCGCUCACAGGUGAGCCGACAAAAGAGUGAUCUGGAGCAGCUGAAGUCAAACCUGCCCGGUGCUCCUCGCCGCAGGUUUGAUCCCAGCAAAGCUUUCCAACACGACAAGGAGAACAGAGCAGACCAAGCCAGUGAACCUCUUAGAGAAGGGAAUCAUUACGCAUAGUGGAGGGAGCUCUUCAAAAAACUAACAACUUUUAAUUUCUAAGGUGGGGCCUUUUGAUUAUUUGACCAGCCUCUAACAAGUGUUAAACAUUCUCAGCACAUUCUCACAUGGCAAUGUUUUAUAGCUUUUUGUAGUCAAAAUGUUGCUUAAAGAGCCUAAUGUAUUUUGAUUUUGAAAAGAAAUGUGUGAAAAAUGAUGAGGACGUAGAUGAUGUGUUUGUUGCUUAAAAAAAGCAUACCUGGCAUAAACAUUUAUAAUGCAUUUUAGAAUUUUAUCUUUCUAAGUUUCUUAGAAAUCUUAGGGCAGCGGAACUAGGAACUAUUUGCUGUGGAAUAGCUCUUUAUAAAACUCUUCUUUGUAAAUAAAGGCAAAUUUUAACUCUC